AAACUACAGGCAGCCCCCCUUUUCUCUCUGCCCCCGUCUUCUUCGCGCCCAGCACUAAAUUCGAGUCCCCCAAAACCCUCGAUACUCUCUUCGCGCCCCCCGUUACCUUUUCUUCUCCUCUCGUCGUCUCCUCGUCAUUUCAUCGAACAUCUCGCAAUCAUUAGAGAGAUGCUUCAGGAUGACUUCGCUCAUGGCGCUGCGACCCGCCAGCGAUCCUCGUCUCCUCAUCCUCCUUCGUCCCCGCCCCUCGCCGGAGCUCCGCUAGCCUCUUCUAUUCGUUCUUUCCUGCUCCGCCGCCUCCGAAACCCUUCCCCUGUCUCCGCUUGUCCUCUUCCCUGACGAUUUCCGCUAAGAAACGUAAGGAUGCUGGCGUCAGUAAGUUGGAGCUUGAUAUCUACGAUUUCAUGGAGAAAUCUGAGAACCCGAGCGCGUUUCCGACGAGGGAGGAGCUGAUUGCAGGCGGGAGGCCGGAUUUGGCCGAGGAGAUUCUGAAAGAAGGGGGCUGGCUCUCGUACGGAUGGACGGAACCAGGAGAAGAGAAGGAAGCCGUCGAGAUCUCUGAGCAGAGGUUGAAUGAUGGUUUCUUGGAGGAGGAUUCUUCGUCUUCCUCUUCUGGUGAUCCGAUGGAAAUGGAGGCGGAGUCUGGGAUUGAGGGGAUAUUGAGUAGGCUGGAGAAAGAAAGGAGGUCGUCUUUUGCUGUUGAAUCUCGGAAGAAGCGACUGAAUGGUGACGGUGAUCGAGGAGAUGCUGUUCUGAUUGCCAAUCGAAAGGGAGUUGGCAGCAUUGAUAGAAGUAGCAGAUCAGUAUCUUCAGACAUAGAUGAGCAGUUAUUUCAGAAAUUUAAAGGUUCUCAUUCUCGGAAGGGAAUUUCACCAGAUGUCAAUGGCACAAGUACAAUACCUACAUGGAAAACCUGGAGCCUUCAGAGGACAGGCAAUCUUGUAAUGCAGUUUGAGGGUAGUGCAUCGUUAAGGCAUCCUGCUGAAGUUGUUACAAAGGAAGGGACAAGUGUCAACCACAAUAACUUCAACGAUGAUGUUUCUGUGAAUAGGAAAGAAGUAGCUUGGAGUGUGAGCAAAAUUGGUGAGAAGAACAAUGACACUCAUAUUGAUACUGAAGAAACAUGCCAGAAUCAGGUCCAACGAAACUCACUGGGAGAGCAGUAUAUGCUUUCUGAUAAGUUGGAAUUCAUGCAGACAGAAAUAAUGAAUGUGAAAAAUAAACUGCGGUCUAUACGGGCUAAAUUGGCUAUACAACGAGGCAAGAAGACACAUGCAAUAAUUAAAGCGGAGAACACGGACAUGGCAAAGAAGAAGCUUGAUGCUUCUGUAAAAGCUUUGCAUAUUCUUCGAUCUACGUGCAUAGUCUGGUCUACAUCUGCUUCAGAAGUUCUUUUGGCUGGGUCUUUCGAUGGUUGGACUAAUCAGAGAAGAAUGGAAAAAUCAAAGUCAGGCAUGUUUACCUUAAACCUGAUGCUGUAUCCUGGGCGAUAUGAGGUCAGAAGCGACCCAUGUUAUUAUGUCCUAAUGACAAUGCAGAUCAAGUUUAUCGUGGAUGGUGUGUGGAUGAUAGACCCGCUGCGGCCUACUGUGGGCAAUAAUGGCUAUGAGAACAACCUCCUCGUGGUCUCAUGAGUGAAAACAGUAAAUACAACUGAGAUAUAUGUACACAAACUAUGAACCACAAGUGAGUCAAUUCAAAUUCAUUCUAUUCAUUUACACUGCUAUUAAUCCAUAAUCAAUCAAAUUCUAGAGCAGUUUCUUCUU